CACAAAACAGUCUGAAGUUUGUCAGAUAAUCGGAGUGCUGAAUAGCCAAGGCAGCUAUUUGUUCUAACAAAGCCGAAGAGAUAUCUGAAAUCAGUCGACAAAUUGUAUCCGCGAAGUGCCAAAUCCGCGAUAUAUUACGGAAUUCAAAAAUCUCGAUCUAGAACAAUGCGUCCACCAAUUCUUCUAACAAUAAGCACAAUGCUCGUUCUCUCGCUCUUCGUGCAAUCGGCAAGGCUCUGGUUGAUCAAGAACAAUCUCAAACAAGCAUCGCCUGUCAUUUUAGUUCCAGGUGAUGGCGGCAGUCAGGUGGACGCAAGAAUUAACAAGACGUCGGUGGUGCACUACAUCUGCGAGAAAGUGUCUAGCGGUUACUUUAAUUUAUGGCUGAACAUGGAGCUACUCGUACCUGUUGUGAUAGACUGCUUUAUUGAUAACCUAAAGUUAAAUUAUGAUAAUGUGACAAGAACUACUAGCAACCAACCUGGAGUGGAAAUAAGGGUACCAGGAUGGGGCGAUCCGUUUGUAGUCGAAUACAUAGAUCCCAGUAAGGCCUCGCCGGGCUCAUACUUCAAAGACAUAGGGAACAUGUUAGCGAACGACUUGGGAUACGUCAGGAACCUGUCGCUGCGUGGUGCACCUUACGACUUCAGAAAAGGGCCUAGCGAGAACGAGGAGUUUUUCGUCAAGCUGAAGGAUCUAGUCGAGGAGACGUACACGAUGAACAAUAACACACCAGUAACACUACUGGCUCACAGCAUGGGUGGACCCAUGACGCUUAUAAUGUUGCAACGUCAAAGUCAAAAAUGGAAGGAUAAGUACAUAAACGCUCUGAUUACGCUUAGCGCCGUAUGGGGAGGCUCUGUCAAAGCCAUUAAAGUAUUCGCUAUUGGAGACGAUUUAGGCGCGUAUUUUCUUCGAGAGAGCGUAUUGAGAACCGAACAGAUAACAAGUCCGAGUUUAGGAUGGCUGUUACCCUCGAAAUUAUUCUGGAAGGAAACAGAAGUCCUCGUGCAAUCGGAUCUCAAAAAUUAUACGUUGAAUAAUUUACAAGAAUAUUUUGCAGACAUAGGUGUGCCUAAUGCGUGGGAAUUUAGGAAAGAUAAUGAAAAAUACCAGUUGGACUUUACAGCGCCAGGUGUGGAAGUACACUGUUUGUACGGCAGUAAAGUAAACACCGUGGAAAAAUUGUAUUACAAGCCAGGUACGACUAUAGAAGGUUACCCUCAGCUAAUUUAUGGAGACGGAGACGGAACUGUAAAUAUAAGGAGUUUGGACGCGUGUGUGCACUGGCAAAGUUCGCAAAAGCAGAAAAUUUAUUCUCAAGGUUUUCCUGGAGUAGAUCAUACUAAUGUUUUAAGAAAUCCUGACACUCUAGCGUACAUCAAGACAAUUUUAAAAGUCUGAUAUGACCUCUAUUAGUAUUAAUAUACGAACAAAUACAAUAGAUUAGACUAAUAUUAGGUUUCGUUUUACUAUUUUGCAUUUUUUUAAAUAGCCUUCAAUAUAAAUUAAUAUUCUAACUGCAUUACGAAAGUAAUUCUUCUGAAAAGUUGAUUAGAACUGUACUGAAAUACAAUGAAACGAGUCUUUUUCGUUAUAACGACAUGACAUGAUAUUCAUCACGUAAAAUCACAUAAUUUAUUCAUGAAAAAAUACGAAAACUACGUCGUAAAAAUAUAUAUUUUUAUUGAGACAAUUGUUUAUUAAAAUAUAUCACAUUACACAACAUAGCAGUAAAUAUUAUUAGGAGGAUUACAAAGUGGUACGGUUGCAAAAAGAGUUCGCCAAUACUUUCGCUCAUUAAUUUUGACUAUAUUCAUUCUAUAAGUUCUAUAUGUAAUUCUAUUUUUCCCCUUUAUGUGCAGAUAUAUAUUUUUAUACUAGUGUACAUACAUAUUCUCUAUCAAUCUGUGUACAUUGCACUAAUCAUGAUCUCAUAUAGAACAAAGAGUGUUUUAAAUUAACAUAACUAGUGUGUGUAUAUAUAUAUAAUUUUCCGCGUAAUAUAAUUCUCUCAACUUUUGUAUUGUGCAAUAAUAUUUAUAACAUAUGUUUACAACAUAACAUGGCUGAUAUUGCACAAUUAGAAUAACGAUAAAAUCGCAGUGUCAUAAUAAAUUAAUAUAUGAGUCAUCAAUUUUAUAUUAUAAAUGUAUGCCAAUAGUUGUAUUUACAGUUUACGUUACAUUUAACAGUUGUAACGGAUACCUCGAAAGUAGAAUAAUAAUAUCAUCUAGUCUAGAAGAAAGAGAUAACCAAGCAUCACUUUAACUUACGAUAUCUCGACAGCUCUCUUAAGAUCUUUACUAUAGUCUGAAAAAUCAUUUUGGUAUUAUUUAGGUAUCUUCUUUGGUAUAAAUAAAUCCACAGGUAUACAGAUUUACAACAAACAUUUAUCAGAGCACAGUAAAAUGUUUCUAUAAAAUUAUAUUUAUGUAUAAAAUGGCGUACGGUAUUCUGUGUAAAAUAGAGGUUGAUGUCAAUAUAUUGUGUGACUUUGUGAUAUUGAUAUCAGAUCGUUUUGUGAUACUGAUAUCAGAUCUUAUAGACAAUGUAUAGCUAAAUAUACAUUUGCAUGACCAAAUGUUAUAGCAUGAAUCAUUACUGACCAAAAACUCAUCGUAAGAGGUCAUAAUAAACAAAUAUUGUUG